AUGUAUCAGCAACCUACUACAAAUACUUAUUCCUCGUUACUUUCGAAAAUUGAAUUUCAGACGGGCGCGUCAGCAAAUACGGUUGGUUCGGAUAUUUAUCAAGAAUCAAUGGAAAAAACUUCUUCACUGACUAGUAGUGAUUACGCAAUACAAGAAACAGAAGAAGAUAACAGUGAUGACGAAAAUAAAUUAAACGAGACUCCACUUCCUCCUCCAAGUCAAAGAAGCAGGUUGGGAAAAUUUCGUUGGCUAGGGCUCACUUUCUGCAACGCUUAUACUUUACUAGGGAGUUUUUACCUUUUGUAUUAUUAUCAAACAAAGAACCAUAUAAAAGCCGACUUUGAGAGUAAAGCCGUCUUAGCGUAUGUUCUAAUAGAGACACUAUUCCGGGUAUAUGUAGCAACACAAAUAAGAUCGUGGUCAAAUAGACCAUUAAAAUUCAUUCAAGACAUAAGCAUUAUACUAGGUCGACAAGAUUAUCUUCUUUUAAAUCAUAAUCUAUUCACACUGACAGGAGAUUCAACUGCCGUAUUCUAUAUGUUUGCAACAAUAAUAGCCGAUGCAUUAUUUGGAGCAUAUUAUUGUUUUCUUGUUAUAGCGACCCAUUGGGCUCAUAAUAGAGCAGAUAACACUUUUUCAUUUUUCAUAAAUACAAUUACAGCAGCAAGUACUAUACUAAUUUUAAGAAUUUUUUGGCGUUGGACUUUUGCUAGUCAGGAUCGUUCUGUAUCUUUUUCACACAAGUUAAGGCGAUUAAAUCGGUGA